AUGGCGUGCCCCCUUCUCGUGGCUGCGCUCCUUCUGCUCGUCGCGGAGGGGGCCACCGCCGCCAGGCCCUUCGCUUACCCAGAUGGGUUUUAUGGCGAGGGGCCCGGCGAUCACGCCCUGGGCGUCUGGGAUAACGGACUGGGAGGGGGCCACUCGGCCGCCUGCACUUGUGCGCAGGAAGAGCAGCCGGCGCCGGUGUGCGGAACCGAUGGCAAUACGUACAGCAGCGCCUGCGAGGCUGAGUGCAAUGGAGCGACCCAGAUGUGUGAGGUGGCGUGCCCUUGCGUGGGUUUCUCGAACCCUACUUCGGAUGGCUAUGGCGUCGGUGCCGGUAGUGACGGCUCCCAGGGCGCCACAGCCUCCUCGUGCCCUCCGACCACUCCGCAGGUGGCCUGUUUCAACGACCCCUGCGCGGGGGCCUUCUGCAUCAACCACCCCCAUGCCGCCUGUAGGUCGGGCAAUUGCGGGGGGUGUUACGCCAGUUUUUUUGUCACCGUGGGUGGUGCCUCGGACCCCUUCUCGUACCCCUCCGAGGUGGAAGUCACUGCGGACUGCUAG